GAAAACAAAACAUUUAUACUCAGUGUCCCUGUAAAGUGCCGUGAAAGUGUUUUCGUUUUGAAAAUUUACCCCAAGACUUAAAUUUCGGAGACUUUUUGGGGUUACAGCAGACCAUGGAGGAGAUUCACUUGGUGCCGGUGGUGCAGCGGCCACUCGUGCGGCUUCCUCCCGUGUCUGCCUUUGGCUUUUCCAGCCUGAGGGAGGCUGUCAGGAACAUGACUAGGCCACAGAAGGUGGUGAUCAUGAGUGUGGGCACUGGCCUGGCCUUGGUGGCGCUAGUGGCACGCUACUUGCGCCGCAGGAAGCGCCGGCUGCCUAAGAAGUCAGCGUUGUACAAUCCUGAUGACCCAAGCCGUGCACACCGCAAGGUGAAGCCCAUCACCAUCCGCAGCCCUUCUGGAGAAAUCCAUAGUGUUGGGGGCAAUGUGUCCCCGGGCUUCCACCGCUCCGUGCACCACCGGCACAGCUCCAUCUCUGUCAGCAGUGACCGCACCAGCGUGGCGUCCACCCUAGGGCCGCAGGGAGGGGAUGCUAACCCCCUCACCCCCCAGCAGUAUGGCGUGAUGGGGAUGGAGGCCUUGGAGACGGCGCUGGGUUACUGGGAGGACGCCCUUGCCGCCUAUACCUCGGGGCUAACGGGUGGUGUGGCGCUCACUUCCCAGGACGAAGCGGAGUUUACAGCGCUCUUACAGAGGGUGAUUGAUGAUGCUUACAGCCUGCAGGACCAAUGCGAGCACCUCUUCUUGCAUCAGCAUUCUGUGUUGUUCCGGUCCUCCAGCGUGACGCCCGUGGUCUCUGAGGCGGCAUUCGAGCACCUAGAGCGACGCACGCUCACCUCCGCUUCAUCCUAUGAGUCCUUCGUCUCUGCCUCUGGGGACAUUGCUGACCUUAGGGACCUUGAGGAGUUCGACGAGGCGCAGUACCCUCUCUACCUGGCGGCCCUCAAGCAGCACGAGGACGGCGGUAUCCCCUAUAGGGACGUGCGGGCCGAGCGGGUGCGCGUGGCCAGUGACGUGGAGUACGUAUGUAAGGUUCACUGUAUCCGCCUGGCCUGCCACCUUCUCUUUGCACGCCAGGAUACCAAACAGUUUUUCGCAGAUGCUGGCAGGCAGAUCAUUGGUGACCUGCUGGUGCGCGCUGCCAAGGAUCCUAAAGACGCCCUCCAAGCUUACGACGCCAUGCUGGACUUCCUGACGGAGUGUGACUGGAGCGAGGUGGAGGCUGAGCUGCAAGGGCGUGGCGUUAAAGCUAUUACUUUCUAUGACGUGGUGCUCGACUUUAUCUUGAUGGACGCCUUCGAAGACCUGGAGAACCCACCCUCCUCCGUCACCGCCGUGGUGCAGAACCGCUGGCUGUCCAAUGGCUUCAAGGAGUCUGCUCUGUCCACCGCUGUCUGGAGCGUGCUGCGGGCCAAGCGGCGGAUGCUCAAGUACCAUGACGGAUUCAUCGCGCAUUUCUACGACGUGUCUGAGCACCUUUCCCCCGUGCUGGCCUGGGGGUUUCUGGGGCCUGAUGAGAACAUACGGGAGCUGUGCACGUUCUUCAAGGACCAGAUUGUGGGACUGCUGCAGGACCUGUUCAGCUUCAGCAAUGUGCGCUACACCACUGUGGAGGAGUUGGCGGUGGACGUGAUGAACCUCACCAGGGAACGCUUUCAAGUCAUCAGCCAAAGACUGGCCUUGUAGUCUCUCCCGCCGCAGGAACCGCGAAAUAGCGCCGCCGACCAGCCAUAAGUCAGGUUGUACGAGUAUAAAUGUAGUAUGUAUAUGUAUGUACUGUAUGUAUGUACCUACUCGCUCGCAGGCUCACCGUAUCUUGAUAAUAUUCUGUACUAAGAUGCAAGCAAAACAGGCACUUCAUCUCACUUCCUACUGUGCCCUUCUGUGCACAUUCAGCGUCCUGCCUCGGCGGCCUCCUCGCUCACCCUCACAUGCUCAGCAAUGUACAACACACGCCAUGUAAUCGUGGGUCGAGGUGGGACGCUGCAUGAUUUUCAGGUUAUAUGAUGUGUUCAAAAUAAUUUGUUUACCCCCUAUACCAUAAAAUCUCUAGGUUGUUGUUGGUGAUGCCUACCUGUUACUAAAAAUGAAAUGUUACCAAGAGUUUAUGUGUACAGUUUAAGGUGUUCAAGUUUUAUAAAAAUAUUAUUAUUCUGGCACAAACAUUUUAUCAUUAUGAUGAGUAGUGUUGAGAAAUGCAAUGCAGGUGAUCACCCUAUCGCUGAUUAUAGUAAAAAGGCCUGAAGUUUGGUAUUGUGAUUAUGUGGUAGCGUGGCAGGAUGUGCCAGGAGACAGAGUGAGGCAGACGCCGUCACCUGAUCUCUCCAUUGUAUAACUGUGGUGCAGCAAAUGCCACAGUGAGCAAGGUGGCAAUGCGACUCAGCGACUUGGCAGCGUGAAAACAGUAUUACUUGCUGUCCCUGGAGCUGUGUCGAGGCGAGUUGGAAGGGUCACUUUAGCAUUCCGCUCUAUUCGGUGUGCGGUCUUUGUAAGUGUGGGUUGUGGCGGGCUGAGGGAGGGGAGGGGGCGCCUCCCCACGGAGCCUUGCAAGUCCUCGGAUGAAAUAUUCCAGAAGUCAUACUCUUAUGUAGUUUGUUUACUGUUAAUUAAUAUGAAUAUACAUGUACAGUAUU